CUCUAGAAAGAGACUGGUUAACUGUAAAACAAAUACUUUACCGCAACGUUCUGCUUACAGAAUUUCUUGCCUGUGCAAGUAAAGGCGGGCGAAAGGAAGUUCUGCCCGGACUGUAGUUAAAGCAGCCGCGUGAACGAGAGUCCUUCUGUUCUUAAAAUCAAGCGCGAUCAUCUCCGGCAAAUUUAUCGAAGCGCUUGGUGGCUGUGGUGCACUCAGAACUGAAAUCGCUGGCAGAGCGUUUUUUAGAAGUGAAAGCAAUAACACGAGCACCACUAAUAAUCAUAAAUUCAAAAGGCAGUUUAUAACCCUCCGGAGAGCGUGGGGAUGUGUGUAGCCCCACCUCCUGUUGCGGGCAUACAGCCGUCCUCCUCCUUGAGGAGGUAGAGUAGAGAGGCAGAGUGCAGCCGACUGUCAGUCAGCGAGCGCUGAGCUGAGCGCACACCUUCGUCUGUCACACUCGCAGAGGCGCUCCAGCGGCGGAGAGAGGCACGCGCACGACAGCAGCAGACAUAGACAUAGCAGCACCUGUCCAGGGAGCACAGCGACGGACACAAGCCAUUCAGCCCUAUGUGCGGCUCGGCUCAAGCAUUCCCGGCUGCCUCACAGCAUAGCUCGGAAAUAUUACGUGCAGAGGACCCACCGGAGAUGAGAGACUGCACCAUGAAAAUGGACGUGGAGGAUGCCGACAUGACCAAAUGGACAGAGGAGGAAUUUGAAGAGAAAUGUACUUACAUAGUCAAUGACCAUCCAGUGGACCUUAUUUCUGAUGCUGGAAACUUAACCCGCGCUGAGGCUUCUCUUCCACGAAACUUAAUAUUUAAACAUGCACCUAAUUCAAAAGAAGUUAUUGGAGUUAGCAGCAAGGAGUACAUCCCAAAAGGAACUCGUUUUGGACCUCUUGUGGGUGAGGCCUAUAGGAGUGAUGCUGUACCAAAAAAUGCAAAUAGAAAGUAUUUCUGGCGGAUCCAUUCUAAUGGGGAGCUUCAGCACUUCAUUGAUGGCUUUGAUGAGGAAAAGAGUAACUGGAUGCGUUACGUCAAUCCAGCACAUUCGGCCCAGGAACAGAACCUGGCAGCUUGCCAGAAUGGAAUGAACAUUUACUUUUACACUGUGAAGGCUAUUCCUGCAAACCAGGAGUUACUAGUGUGGUACUGCGCAGAAUUUGCCAAAAGACUUCACUAUCCACCUUCCCGGGAGCUUGUGAUAAAAAUCCAGCAAAGCCUUAUGGACAAAAAGCAGCAGGCGACCGAGACGGACUGCAUCCAGCAAAAAACAUCCGGAAAGACAGAGCACAGUGUGAGGGAGAUUCUUAAAAUGAACAAUAAGCCUCCUCGCAGCUCUCCUGGAGACUCUGAAAUUCCUCUAAAGAAGCCCAACAUGGAGCGCACUUUCUUGCCUCGGGUGGUAUAUCCCGUCCGUCCUCAUGUCCCAGAGGAUUACUCAAAGCCUAAUCCGGUUUAUGGCCUGGAUUCUCCCAGCUACAUUACUCAAUCUCCGGUCCAGUCAUCUGCCACUCCAAGUCCCACUGCAUGCAGCAAUCUGGAUCACAGUCUUCAAAGUAACAGUCCACACAGCAGCCCUGGCCUUUCAAGCUCUCCUCCAACUCCUUCUUCUCAGGAACCCAAAGAUCUCUUCCCUUACCUUAACAGACUAUACAAUGGCAAAUGCAUCAGUGCCUACCCAAGCUACACUCCCCCCAACCAUGUGUCUUCAGCCUUUUUACAUUCCUACAAUUCAGUUAGCCCUCAUUAUUCGAGAUACCUUUUAUCUCAUUACCCUGUUGGCUAUAGUGGUAUUAAUGGUCUGAAUGAUCUAAGCACAGUUGGUGGGGCUGGCACUAACUUGAAUGGACUAAAUAGCUUUAGCCUGUUCCAACGUAUGUAUCCUCUUUACAACAACUUGCUGGCAGGGAGUGGCCUCACACAACACAUGCUAAAUCAGCCUGUGCUUCCUAGUGUGCUUCCGCCCAAAGGAAAUCGACGACUUUUGCUUUCCUUAGAACCGCACAGGGAUUCUCUUAUCCCAGCACCCAACAGUGCUUUUUCUGCCACUGGUUUGGCCACUAGCCUCAAGGAUAGCCCUCCAAGCCCAAACAUUGGCUCUCCCACAGCAGGAACUGCAGCCUCCUUGGACCACUGCAUGCCAAAUAAGUCUACCUCAGCCAUGUUGCCCAGCAGCAUGAAUGAUGACGAAGCUGUGAAUCCAACCAAGGUGAAGCGCAAUAUGUCUGGCUACAAGACUUUGCCUUACCCAUUGAAAAAACAGAAUGGCAAGAUCAAGUACGAGUGUAAUGUCUGCAGCAAGACCUUUGGGCAGCUAUCCAACUUAAAAGUUCAUCUUCGAGUACACAGUGGAGAACGACCUUUUAAGUGUCAGACCUGUAAUAAAGGGUUCACACAAUUAGCACAUCUACAGAAGCACUACCUUGUUCACACAGGAGAAAAACCACAUGAGUGUCAGGUUUGUCAUAAACGUUUCAGCAGCACCAGCAACUUAAAGACUCAUCUGCGGUUGCAUUCUGGGGAGAAGCCUUACCAAUGUAAAUUGUGCCCUGCAAAGUUCACCCAGUUUGUUCACCUCAAGCUGCACAAGCGGCUGCACACCCGUGAGCGACCACACAAGUGCCUACACUGCCAGAAGAGCUAUAUCCACCUCUGUAGUCUCAAAGUCCACCUCAAGGGCAAUUGUCUUGCUUCUCAGAGUUCUGGCGGACGUUCUUCAGAAGAGCUAAAUCGGGUCAAUGAAGAAAUUGACAAGUUUGACAUCAGCGACAAUGCUGACCGCCUUGACGAGGUGGAUAACAUGGACGUAGAAACGGUAGUGGAGAAACAGAUAUUCCACAUGCUGUGGAGGGAGAUGGACCUUAAAUCCUCCUUUCACACGAGCAUUGGCAACGGACUUAUUCCAGGGGGGCUCUAUGAGCCUAGCAAUGAGACAUCUGUCAUUAAGUUGCCUCAGAGCAGCUCGCUGCCUCUUCUACCUCUAAAGGUAAAACAAGAAACAAUAGAACCCCGAAAUCCUUGAGUCUGAAGGAGGAAAAUGUACAUUUGACUUUUCUGAUGGCCCAGGUACCUGUAGCAAUAUAUUGUACAUUUAUUCUAUUUUUUUGGAAUUGCUACAGUAAUGGUCUCGUGUCAGGGGACCUCUAUUCUCAGGGCUUACAAGAGGCACUGGCAAAGUCCCUUCUUUCUUUUUUCCCCACUUACGUUGAAGACAAUCGUUUUCUCAAACUUCACCCCCCUUUUUUAUGUUUAAUGUGUGUAUCAUUCUUAAUUUAUUAUGCAAUUUAUCAUAGUUGAAGCAAUAAUUUGAUAUAAUGUUUACAAUGAAUUAAUCAUUGUAAUUGAAUAUACUGUACAAUGUUGUUUUUACUUUCUUUAUGGUUGUUCUUUGUUGAUACUUCUGUACAUUUUUUUUUUUCAUACAAAGAGUCUAAGACUAUUUAUAUUUAAAAGUGGCGGUGCAAACGAAGGAGAGAAAGAAACAAUUCAGGGUUUUGUCAACCAAUCACAUGGGCUUUGUGUUGCCAAAGGUGGACAUUUGAAGUGUUGAAUCUUGGAGAUAAUUUGUGUAAACAUGUAGUGUUCUGUUUUUACUUUCUUAUUUGUGAGACCUUCCGUAGUACUUGUGUAUAACUGUGGGUUAAUUUAAUUGUAACAAAAGGGCAUUUUGUUAGAAAAGAAAAAAAAAAUCAAGAAAGAAUAUAUGUAUUUUUUUUUUUUCUCAACAGUUUACCUCAUUGUGUGUGUCCAGUGGUCGUGAAAAGCGGCUACACCAUUAGUCACUCUGCUGCUUUAAAACAAUUAACUCCACCAAAGCCUCUUUCACUUUUCUUUUAGCUGAAUCCAAAGAACAGGUAGCAAUGUCUGCUGCAGAGCUUCAGAUGCAUCUUGAUAAUCAAAAUCAAGUGACUUGAAGCGUAAUACCAAAGUUGAUUAUAUAGAAACCAAAAUAAAAAUCUGGAACCAUUACACUUAAGCAAUGGUGUAAGGUUUUUUGUUGUUUUUUUUUUUUUUUUGUUCGAAAGAUGGUUUUGCUGUAACUGUUAAUGUAGCAUCUUUGUUUUGAAAACAAGCUACUCCUCUUUAUAGCACAACAGAACAUCACUACUCUUGUCACUGGACACACUACAUGCCUCUGUAGUGCUAUAGAAACUGAAACGGGCGAACUGUGGCUCUUGAUGGGGCGUCUGCAGUAUGUGGGCGAUCACCUCUACUGAAUGUAGCAGUACAGCAGUUACAGAAGAUGUUGUGUGUUUUUUUUUUUUACAUUAAUGACCAAAGUUUAUCAUGUUUGUGCUUAAACCCUGUCUAGAAAAAAUGCAUUGAAAAAGGAUUUCUAAAACUUUGUUUUCUUAUGUUUACAUUUUGGUUUACAUUGUUAUUUAUGUCCAGCUUUUCAGAUUGUAAAUUAUGAUAUAAAUGUUAUUUGCUUCAUUGUG